GGCGAGCGAGGUGGAAUAGUUGGCGCCGGCAUGGAAAAGGAGGUGCCGGGAGCAGCAGCGGCAGCAUGGAGGGAACAGGAGGAGGAGGAGGAGG